UUUUCCCUUUUCAGGUUUGCAAGAGAUGAGAAUUUCUUGAUCAUAACAUAUACUGCAGUAUUAUGCCUUUGCUCGAAAGGUCGUGCGACGAUGAAUUAGGAAUCAAUUUAUACUAGUACUAAUCCGUAGUAGCAUUUAGUCAUGGCGGCGGGUCCAAUCACGGAAAGAAACCAAGAUGCGACAAUAUACGUCGGUGGCCUUGAUGAAAAGGCGUCUGAAACCUUGUUAUGGGAGCUAUUUGUUCAAGCUGGCCCAGUCGCCAAUGUGCACAUGCCGAAGGAUAGAAUAACACAAGCACAUCAGGGCUACGGUUUUGUAGAGUUCCUUGGCGAGGAAGAUGCCAACUAUGCCAUACGAAUAAUGAAUAUGAUCAAGUUGUUUGGCAAGCCGAUACGAGUAAACAAGGCCUCAUCUUACAACAAGAACCUGGACGUUGGUGCCAACUUGUUCAUUGGUAAUCUGGAUCCGGAGGUUGACGAGAAGCUACUCUAUGACACCUUCAGCGCAUUUGGUGUCAUUUUACAAACACCAAAGAUCAUGAGAGAUCUGCAAACAGGAAACUCGAAAGGAUUUGCAUUUGUCAACUUCGCUACCUUUGAUGCCAGUGAUGCUGCAAUUGAAGCCAUGAACGGCCAGCAUUUGGCCAACCGUGCAAUUAGUGUGUCUUACGCCUUCAAGAAAGACACUAAAGGAGAGCGCCAUGGAUCGGCAGCAGAACGUCUCCUCGCUGCUCAAAAUCCUCUCUCACUUGGCGAGAAGCCGCAUCAAAUGUUUGCAGAUGCGCCAGCAGCGAAGGAAGCAGAACCUGCUUCAGCGCCGGUUCCAACGGUGGUGCCACCACCCAUGAUGCCGCCACCGAUGGUGGGAGGACCACCGCCGAUGAUGCCACCACCGGGUACAUUACCGCCGCCUGGUGUCAACGGUCCGCCGCCACCGCCGCAGUUCAUGCCGCCGCCUGACUGGCGAGGUCCUCCUCCCCAGGGCCCGCCGCCGUCCGGCCCACCCCCGCCUAACAAUCAGCCGCCGCCCAUGAUGGUUCCACCUCCGGGUGCAAUGCCUCCCGGUAUGGGCGCGCCUCCGCCGCACUUCGCCCCACCUCCAGACUGGCGUCCGUCUGGUCCGCCGCCACCUGGUCCGCCCCCAGGUGUGCAUCCACCUCCUGGCGCUGGUCCCCCUCCUCAGAUGGUGCCUCCACCAGGUGCUAUGCCUCCGAGAAUGGGAAUGCCUCCGCCGUUCAUGCCGCCCCCUCCCGGUGGACCACCUGGUGACAUGAUGGGGCCACCACGCAACCUGCAAGCGCCGCCGCCAAUGAUGGCUCCGCCGCCUGGCGCACCUCCGCCACGGCCACCUGGAAUGAUGAUGUAAAGAUACUACAAUAGUGAAAGAAGAAGAAAAAGACGACGACGAGACUAGUGAACGCUCAUACAUCAACAACAGCACGAUCAUGAAACCCUUGAAACUCAACUUGCAUCUCUUUACGCUCCAGCAGACAUGAAACAGUACUGUUUGUACCAUGUAUGUUUUCUCUCUUUUUUAGGUUUUUCUGAAAUACACUGCUCUAUCCAGGAGCCAAUAAAAGUUUCGAGUUGUUAGAGUAA